AUGGAUGAAGAUAGAGAGAAACAUGUUCGUGCGAAAGGAUCUGAUGAAGUUGAUUGGAUAAGCAAAUUACCAGAUUGUUUGCUAUGUGAGGUACUCUUGAAUCUUCCCACAAAAGAUGUUGUUAAGACUAGUGUUUUAUCCCGUAGAUGGAGAAAUCUCUGGAAACACGUACCUGGUUUAGACCUAGACAAUACUGAUUUCCAAGAGUUCAACACAUUCUUGAGUUUUGUUGAUAGCUUUCUCGAUUUCAACAGUGAAUCAUUCUUACAAAAAUUUAUCUUGAAGUAUGAUUGUGAUGACGAGUAUGACCCUGACAUUUUUCUUAUCGGACGUUGGAUCAACACUAUCGUCACGCGUAAAGUUCAACAUAUCGAUGUUUUGGAUGAUUCGUAUGGGAGUUGGGAGGUUCAGUUACCUUCAAGCAUUUACACUUGUGAGAGUUUGGUAUCUUUAAAGCUUUGUGGAUUAACUUUGGCUAGUCCCGAGUUUGUUUCUUUACCUUCACUCAAAGUUAUGGAUCUGAUUAUAACUAAGUUUGCUGACGAUAUGGGGUUAGAAACGCUGAUUACGAAAUGCCCGGUUCUUGAAAGCUUGACUAUUGAGAGGUCUUUUUGUGAUGAGAUUGAAGUUUUACGUGUGCGGUCUCAGUCUCUGUUGAGGUUCACUCAUGUUGCGGAUAGUGAUGAGGGUGUGGUUGAAGAUCUUGUUGUUUCAAUUGAUGCUCCCAAGCUUGAGUAUUUGAGGCUAAGUGAUCAUCGAGUUGCAAGUUUUAUACUUAAUAAACCCGGUAAGCUUGUCAAAGCGGAUAUCGAUAUUGUGUUUAACUUGAGUUCCGUGAAUAAGUUUAAUCCAGAUGAUCUACCAAAGAGAACUAUGAUACGUAAUUUUCUCCUCGGCAUCUCUACUAUUAAAGAUAUGAUCAUUUUUUCGAGUACUCUUGAGGUUAUCUAUGAUUUCUCAAGAUGUGAACGACUACCCUUAUUCCGUAACCUAUCUGUCUUGUGUGUUGAGUUUUACGGCUACAUGUGGGAAAUGUUGCCAAUCUUUCUUGAGAGCUGCCCGAAUCUAAAAACUCUUGUCGUGAAAUCUGCUAGUUAUCAGGAGAAGGGAGAAAAUAUUAUUUUGCCGGGACCUAGGCGUUUCCUAUCAUCUCUCGAGUAUGUUAAGAUAGAAAGGCCAUUGAAAGGAGAGGCGAUGGAGAUGAAACUAGUGAGUUACUUACUUGAGAAUUCAACCAUCCUCAAGAAACUGACCCUAUGCUUGGAUGAUUCCGUGAAGAAAGAAGAUUCUGUCAUCCUAAAAGAACUCCUUGCCAUUCCAAGACUCUCUACAUCAUCCAAAGUUGUCGUUCUCUGAUGAUCCUCGUAGUCAUCACCAAUAAACGUACAAGGUUGUUGUCUCUAAGUACUUAGUUAAUACGAAUUCUCUGUUUUCUUUUAGUUUGUGAUGAUAUUGAAGUGCUUAAGUUCGUAAACGAAUCAUGUUUUUGGCACAAAUCAAUCAGUAUCACUCCAUCGUGGCAAA